UUGGGACUGGGGGUCGGUGAUGCUGCUGUGGGACUGGGUUCGGUGCUGCUCAGAGUGCAGGUAAGUACAGGUUUUACAGUUCAUCAUUCUUGAGUGUAACCUUAGCUCUAUCCUUCAGGGAUGAAGGGGAAGAAGAAGGAUAAAAAUGAGCGGAAUGAGAAAAUCCUGAAUCUGACACUGGAGAUGAUCUAUCUGCUGACUGGAGAGGAAUGGGAUGUUUCAAAGGGGAAAAAGUAUCUGUACAAGAAAGGGAUCAAGAAGAAUUCCCGGCAGCUCCGCCCUCUGGACUGUGAAUAUGAAGAUAAGAGAGAUAUCACAGCUGAUCUGGGAGGAACAUUAUGUUAUAAUAAUGAGACAAGCAAGAUUGGGGCUGAAGGAGCAGAUUUUUGUACCGAUGGAAAUCUCACAAACUCUGAUAUUUCUCCAGCAGAACAGCCCUUUCCAGCCAAUGGGAUCAAAGAGAAAGCAUCUUCAUGUGAAGAGGGAAACCAAUCAGAUUGCAGCAUUAAUUCACUUACAGAAGAGAUACAGGGAACAGACACACCUACUCUUGACAUGCAAGACUGCAAUAAUGACAGCUUGGAAGAGGAUUAUUUGUCCGUUAUUAUUAAAAAUGAACCAGAUUCAUGGGACGAGGAAAACCAAUCAGAUUGCAGCAUUAAUUCAUUUACUGAACAGAGGGCAGAUACUCCUAUAAAUAGCAACUUGUUAGGUAUUAAAGACAAUCUGGCAUCAAUUGAUGGGGGAAACCAUUCUGCUUCCAGCAUGAAUACAUCAUUGGUUGAGAGACAGGGAACCAGUACAUCUGGCGCCUUGCACCCAGAUAUACCCCUCCUCACAGGACUGUAUCCAUGCGCCGAGUGCGAUCAACAUUUUAUGACUAAGGGCGGACUUGUCCGCCAUCGGAAAACUCACGCAGCGACGAAACAAUUUAACUGUUCUGUGUGUGAGAAAUCAUUUGCACGGGAAGCAGAACUUGUUGUACAUAACAGAAGUCACACGGGAGAGAAACCGUUCUCUUGCCCAGAAUGUGGGAAAUGUUUUUCUCGUCUCUCGUACCUUAAUAGACACCAGGGAAUACACAGCGGAGAGAAACCAUUCCCUUGUUCCCAGUGUGGGAAACAGUUCCGAUAUCUCUCGGAGCUCAGCGUACAUUGCAGAAGUCACACAGGGGAGAGACCGUUCUCUUGUAAUGAAUGUGGGAAACAGUUUAAACAUCAGUCAAACCUUAUUAUACAUAACAGACUUCAUACCGGGGAGAGACCCUUCAUGUGUACUGAGUGUGGGAAUGAUUUUAAAGACCGCAAAAGCCUUACUGUGCAUAAGAGAAUUCAUACAGGGGAGAAACCAUUCACUUGUUCUCACUGUGGCAAAAGUUUUGCUCAUCGCUCCUAUUUUAAUAGACACCUCAUACUUCACGAAGACGAAAAAGCGUUUACUUGUCCUCACUGCGACAAACACUUCACCUCUCGCUCACACCUCCACGUACAUCUUAGAGUACACACAGGAGAGAAACCCUACUCCUGCUCUGAGUGCGGGAAAUGCUUCACUCAUCACUCGCACCUUACGGUACAUUACAGAACACACACAGGGGAGAAACCAUUUCCGUGCUUGGAUUGCGGGAGGAGAUUUAAAGAUCGCUCAAAUCUCAGAGUCCAUCGUAGAACUCACACGGGGGAGAGACCGUUUUCCUGUACUGAAUGCAGCAGAUGCUUUACACGCCGUUCUCUGCUGACCGCACAUUUCCAGUUUCACGUCCGAGAGAGAGAAUAUCUGGAAAACGAGUUUCUGCUUGCAAUGAGCGAGAAAAGUGACAAUGUCAGUGCAGAUAAUUCAUGAUUUACUGUUGCUUACAGUAUAUCAACAUUAAUAGACGGAACCUGGGAUGCACUUACAAUUUAGGCGGCAAUUUUAUUUUCCCUUUAAGUUUUGCGCUUUAGUAGGCUAUAGUUACUUACACUUGUUUAUCGGUGCUAUCAUCUGCAGUAUUAUCGGAUACCGCUGUUUUGAACUAUUGUUACAGCCAGCUUCCUGGCCACUCCAUCUUUGGCAUCGGAGAUCAUAUUGAGACACUUCCUACUCCUUAUCUAUGGGCACUUUGAGGAAUUGGCCCUACAGGGGCCAAAUGUAGUGUGGGUGGGGGCAGUCUGAAGGCUAGUUAAAGGGAUACUGUCAUCGGGAAAAAAUGUUUUUUCAGUUAAUAGUGCUACGCCAGCAGACUUCUGCACUGAAAU